UUAAAUAUCGGAUAAGAAGUGUCUUUCUCUAAAAAUAGCAAUAAAAAUAGCGACACACCGGAUAAGCACAAAGCGGACUGUUCGUCGAUUCCUUUGACCACUCCACUCCAUCAUCAACAAUGCACCCUCUUUACUACCUACGCUUUCGGUACCUUCCACGUGUCCCUUUGAUUACAAGUAUUCCCUUUGGACGGGUGUUAAUCGGCAAUGAAAAUGAGAAGCGCGAAAUCUGUUGCAGAGGAAAGAAGAUCUCUUUUUUUGUUCUUUAAUUAUUUAUUUAUAUUUGUCAGCUUCAGCCUUCAAGGUGUGCUUGUGCUAAUCCGAAGGAAGAGUUUGUAGCAGGAGAAGAGUAGGUGAAGAUGGCGACGUUGCAGAUGGUGAGAGAGAGAGAGGUGGAGGAGACGCAGGAGAGGAGUCCAAGGAGUCCAGAGGCCGACCUCGGGAUGAAAGUUGAGGAUUUGUGGGAUGUGCAGGAGCCGCAGCUCAGUCCAACUGAGAAGCUCAACGCUUGUUUCGAGAGUAUCCCUGUCUCUGCCUUCCCAUCUGCGAAUUCCUCUCAAGUGGUCGAAAUCAAAUCAGACACGAGUCUAGCAGAGGCCGUGAAAAUACUAGCGGAUAACAAAAUAUUAAGCGCACCGGUGGUGGAUGUUGAUGCACCUGAGGAUGCCACUUGGAUGGACAGAUACCUCGGCGUUGUUGAGUUCGCCGGAAUUGCUGUGUGGAUUUUGCAUCAGUCAGAACCUCCAUCUCCUAGGAGUCAAAGCUCUGGAACAGCUCUUGCAGUGGCGGCUAAUGGAUUGACUAAUGCUGCAGGGCUUGGGACCUUAGGCCCUGAAGAUGCUUCAGCAACUUCUGGAAACUUUUUUGAGGCUUUGACUUCUUCUGAGUUCUAUAAAAGCAUGAAGGUUCGAGACAUCUCUGGAUCAUUCCGGUGGGCACCAUUUCUUGCUUUACAGAAAUCCAACUCCUUUUUGACGAUGCUCUUGUUGCUUUCAAAAUACAAAAUGAAGAGUGUUCCUGUUGUUGAUCCGGGUGAAGGGAAGAUUGAUAACAUAAUCACACAGUCUGCUGUUAUUCACAUGCUAGCAGAAUGUGCUGGGCUUCAAUGGUUUGAAAGCUGGGGAACAAAGAAACUUUCAGAAAUUGGUCUUCCCUCCAUGUCUCUUAAUCAAAUUGUCAAGGUGCAUGAGGAGGAACCGGUUCUCCAAGCCUUUAAGCUGAUGAGAAAAAAGAGAAUUGGAGCAAUACCUGUUGUUGAAAGUGAUGGUAAAAGGGCAGUGGGCAAUAUAAGUCUAAGAGAUGUUCAGUUCCUGUUAACUGCACCUGAGAUCUACCAUGAUUACAGGUCUAUAACUGCAAAGAACUUUUUGACGGCAGUUAGAAGCUACUUGAAGGAGCAUCAUGAAACCUCACCAAUGGUGAAUGGCAUGAUUACAUGCACAAAAGACCACACCAUUAAAGAAUUGAUUCUGAAACUUGAUUCCAAAAAAGUUCAUCGAAUAUAUGUUGUGGAUGAUGCUGGGAAUCUGGAAGGAGUGAUCACUCUGAGAGACAUCAUCUCAAGGCUUGUACAUGAGCCUCCUGGCUACUUUGGUGAUUUCUUUGAUGGAGUGCUGCCUUUGCCCCAGAACAGUAGAGUUUAAGAGGUAUCAAUAUUGAUGGUCUAGUCAUUUCCCUAAUGAUUGGCCACUCUGCUAAUCAUCUUUGAAUUGUUUGAUAGCGAGAAAAUGCGGUGACUGUAACAUAGUCGAGUGCCCAUGUAAUUAGUUUCUUCUACUUCAGUGGGGUUCCAUUUUCUGUGCAUCUUGAUGUAUCUACAAACUGAAUGUGACCUCUUUUGGGCUAAAAUCAAAUCAAAUAAUUAGGACUUCUCCA